UCUGCAUGUCGCCAUUAUAAUGUUUCCAGAUACGUUUAUUUGACCUGAUUUUCCUCAGUCUGGCUAAUGUCUUUAACCCUUAAAGUUUAAUGUUUGUUAGCGACAUAUUUAGUUUUGCUGAUGGGAAAUAAAACCGCAGUGAAAAGACACAGGCUGCGGCAGAUAGUACUCUGCCGCACUGCAAGGGGGCGUACGUGAAACUGGACUUUCCGUUAAAAGUGGACGCGGUUAACACAAUGCCGGAGCUAAAAGGUUUGCUUCAAACUACGGGACAGAGGAUAACUCGCGCUUUUCAAACGGACUGGUGCACCCGAAAAGACUGUCUAUGUGGCUGUCCUUCGAAAAAUCGCCUUUGCUGCUUUCCCUGCCUUUUCUUCUCAACUUGCGCCAAUGUCUGGACUAACACGAGAUAUUGUGACAUUAAAAAACUACCACGAAGCCUCAGCAAACAUGAGAGCUCGACCACUCACAUUCAAAGCCUGUUUGCUUUAAAAACUUUUGGAAGCUCAAGGAUCGAUUUGGCUUUGACGAACAGCGGAAGCUCAACGGUAGCAUCCUCAAAAGCUAAGUGUCUCCUCACAUUCUUGGGAGAGCUACAGGACAUCCUGAUUGACCGUGAGCAGCAGAAUCUGGUUCCAGCACAGCCUCCUUCUAUCUAUGUCAUCAUCUGGGACAACAUCGGCUUUCACCGCACCAACCAGAUUAGAGAGUGGUUCAAUAUACACCAACAAGUCCUCAAUGUAUGUCUGCCACCCUACACACCUUUCCUCAACCCCAUAGAGGAGUUAAUCUCAUCAUGGCCGUGGAAGGUGUAUGACCGGGAACCAUACAGUGGAGAACCUCCUCAGGGCCAUAGACCUGGCCUGUGAUGAUGUGGGGCAUUACUCAGGCUGGGUCCGGCAUGAGAAAAGUGUUUUGUGUUUAGAGAAAAGAGAGGGCAGUUUCCUGAAAUGUGUUCUGACAUUCGAGAAAAACUGUAAGAAAACAAUAAUAAAAUAAAAUAACAGCGGACUGCUGCCACCUUCGACCACUAACUUCUGCUUCUUGCCCGUCUCCCCCUCGCUUCCUACUACCUACAGCUCUCCAGUCCCAGCGUCUUUUAAAGAGA